AUGGCAACGAAAGGUUUGUUAGAGAGACUGCAGUCGGGUGAAAAUGUAAUCGUAGCGGAGGGAUACAUUUUUGAAUUUGAGAGAAGAGGUUAUCUCAGAGCCGGAAGCUUUGUACCAGAAGUGGUCCUAGAAUAUCCGGAAAAGGUUAAAGAAUUACACGAAGAGUUUGUUCACGCCGGAAGUGACGUCGUGCUAGCUUUUACGUAUUAUGGACACCGUGAAAAGCUUAGGAAAAUAGGACGUGAAGGAGACUUAAAAAAGUUGAACACUACUGCUCUCGAAAUUGCACGAAAAGUGGCAGACGACACGGGAACGCUGAUGGCAGGAAACAUCUGUAAUUCUUGUGUAUACGAAGAUAACAAUCCAGCGGCCAUAGAAGAAACACGCGACAUGUUCAAGGAACAGAUCGAAUGGGCCAUAUCUGGAGGAGCCGACUACAUUGUGGCGGAAACGUUCCACGACACAAGGGAAGCUUUGCUAGCGCUCGAAUGCAUCAAAACAUAUGGAAAGGUACCUGCUGUUAUUACAAUGGGAAGCUCGAUAAGCGGGAUGUCCUCUGAUGGUCUAACUCACGUUGAAGCAAGCCGCCAGCUGGAAGAGGCAGGGGCUGAUGUAGUGGGUCUCAACUGCACACGUGGUCCUGCUACCAUGAUGCCUUUCAUGGCGGAAAUACGACAACAAUGUAAAGGACCAAUAGCAGCUUUGCCAGUGUUGUAUAGAACCACGCCCACCCAGCCGAUCAUGCAGUCUCUUAGUGUUCCGGAAACAGGUAAAUAUGCCUUCCCGAUAGACCUUCCAGCCUUCGCCUGUUCACGGACAGAAGUUCGCGAGUUCGCACGGGACUGUCUGAAAACAGGGAUACAGUACGUCGGAUUAUGUUGCGGAAAUAGUCCGCAUUACAUGCGGGAGGUUGCUGAGGAAUAUGGUAGAAGACCGCCGGCCAGCAAAUAUUCCCCAAAUAUGUCUGAACAUUACGUAUUCGGAAGUAACGUCAAAGAAUACUAUACCAAAACGUUACUUCACGAGCAAAGGAAAUGA